UGCAAGCACAACACAACACAAGCUAAUCUCAUUGAAUAGCUAAAAUUUGGUUGAAGCUUAGCUAACAAUGGCUACUCUCACCCAAUGCACGCUUUGGAAUGGAACAGAGAGCUCUGCAAACUUGGAAUUCUCGAUCUACGAAGGUGCUAAGGAAGACAUUACAAUGACCACACUCAGUUCAUUUGAGCAGUCUAUCAAUUCCAUGGCCGGAGGUUUGGUUUAUAAUGUCGGAACUAAGAUUAAGUGGAUUGUUGCUUGGACCAAUGAUGGAAAGGUGUGUACUACUAUCAAGAAAUGUGACGAGUCGGUUACCUGGUCUAAAAUCAUAACCCAACUUCAGCCCCACGAUAGCACCCACACUUAUCAGGGAUACACAUCGAAGGUUAAUGCUGAGAUGAAUACUAAUGGUUCAUUAACCUUGGAGGCCAAACUACUUGUCUAAUUUUAACCUGCAUGCUUGGUGUGGUGUGUCAGGCUGUAGAAAUUAACUAAAAAUAUGGUAGUUGUUUACACAUUAACUGCACUACUAUUUUAUUUUAGAUUUGUAUGUAAUGUAUUUAAAUGAAUUUGAAAAGCCAGGGCUGCUUUUCCUACCAGCUUUAGCUAAUGAAUAAUGCCUGCACAGUUUGUUGGUUUUUUGUUUGUCAUAAAAAAUGUUAAAAAAAAAAAAAGUAUAUGCAUCCUUUCUUAAUAGAUAUAAUUAUUUGUGUGUAUUUAAAUAA